GCUGCUCUCACCCUGCUGUGCUGGAGCAAAGAAGACUGCCUUUUUAGACUUAAACAACAAGCCAGACAGAAAAGAAAAAAAGUGGUAAACAAAAUUACUUACUUAUUGUAUAUAAAUUGUUUUGUUUUUUUGGACACCAUGGUGAAGCAGCGACGCGUCAGAGCGCACUCAGCUGUUGCGCCUCUUUGUUGCAGAAGAGGGGCACUAAAGACUCUGACAAAACCUGCCAUCUUUGCCAGGGAGACAAGCUGUGAUUGUCGCGCCCCCCAUGAGAAACUCACCAUCGCUCAGGCCCGCAGAGGAACCCCAGUGGACCGGCCAGUCAGAGUCUACGCAGAUGGCAUCUUUGACCUGUUCCACUCUGGACACGCUCGUGCUCUCAUGCAGGCCAAGAACCUCUUUCCCAACACCUACCUCAUAGUAGGAGUGUGCAGUGAUGAGCUGACCCAUAAGUACAAGGGUUUCACAGUCAUGACGGAGAUUGAACGUUAUGAAGCGUUGAGACACUGCCGCUAUGUCGACGAGGUUUUGAGAGACGCACCCUGGACUCUCACACCGGAGUUCCUAGAGAAACACAAGAUCGAUUUUGUGGCUCACGAUGACAUCCCAUACUCCUCAGCAGGAAGUGAGGACGUUUAUAAACACAUCAAGGAGGCAGGCAUGUUUGUACCUACACAGCGGACGGAGGGAAUCUCAACAUCUGACUUGAUUACCAGAAUCGUCAGAGACUACGACGUCUACGCCCGACGCAACCUCCAACGAGGCUACACGGCCAAGGAGCUUAACGUCAGCUACAUCAACGAGAAGAAGUACCGGCUGCAGAACCAAGUGGACCGAAUGAAGGAGAAGGUUCGCACGGUCGAGGAGAAGAGCAAACAUUUUGUUUACCGCGUGGAGGAGAAGAGUCACGACCUCAUUCAGAAGUGGGAAGAGAAAUCCAGGGAGUUUAUUGGCAACUUCCUGGAACUCUUUGGACCUGAUGGGACUUGGAAACAGGUGUUUCAGGAGCGCAGUGGACGGAUGCUGUCCUACGCUCUGUCUCCCCGAGGGUCGCCCUGCAACAGUCCCCCCCGCGAACUGUCCCCCCUGCGCUCUCCCUCACCCCCGUCCCCUCCCGCCCGCUGGCACAAUGCACGGCCCUCGCCCCCGUCCUCCCCCAAAGGAGCGUCUGCCUCCAUAAGCAGCAUGAGUGAAGGUGAUGAAGAUGAGAAGUAGAUGGAUUGUUGAACACACACAUGCACACACACACACAAACACACACACAUACACACUUCACUCACAGUACACU